UGACAGCCCUCCCGGGCCGCAACUAUCAUGAUUCUGUAAGCCUGGCAGACGGCAGGACGUUAUCACCCGAGAUGUCGUUGCUACAAAGCUCCAAGAAAAAGGACAAGCGUAUAUUGUCUGGUACUUGCCCAGACCCUAAAUGCCAGGCGAGGCUCUUCUUCCCUGCCUAUGGCUCCAUCAGCAUUGAGUGUACAGAGUGUGGUCAGCGGCAUGAACAGAAAAACCUGUUAAACGUCGAAGAGGUAACUGAUCCAGAUGUUGUGCUUCAUAAUCUUCUAAGAAAUGCCCUGCUUGGUGUUACCGGGGCCCCCAAAAAAGGAACAGAGUUGGUGAAAGUAAUGGGGCUGUCCAAUUACCACUGCAAGCUUCUUUCUCCGGUUCUCACCAGGUAUGGUAUGGAUAAACAGACAGGCAAAGCCAAGCUGCUGAGAGAGAUGAACCAAGGUGAGAUGUUUGACUGCUAUCUUUUGGGAGACAGGGCCUUUCUAAUUGAACCGGACCAUGUGUCCACAGUUGGUUAUGGUAAGGACAGAUCUGGUAGCCUGAUCUACCUCCAUGAUACUUUGGAGGAGAUCAAAAAAGCCAACAACAACAGAGAAUGUCUUAUCCCCGUUCAUGUGGAUGGAGAUGGACACUGCCUGGUCCAUGCUGUGUCCAGGGCCUUAGUAGGAAGGGAAUUAUUUUGGCACGCCCUCCGAGAAAAUUUAAAACAAAACUUCAAACUAAACCUGGAUCGCUACAAGGCUCUGUUCCAGGACUUUAUUGACGCUGCUGAGUGGGAGGACAUCAUCAAUGAGUGUGACCCCCUAUUCACCCCGCCAGAAGGCGUUCCACUUGGACUGAGAAACAUCCACAUCUUUGGCCUGGCCAAUGUCCUCCACCGGCCCAUCGUUCUGUUAGACUCCCUCAGUGGGAUGCGGAGCUCAGGGGACUACUCGGCCACCUUCCUCCCGGGGCUAGUGCCAGAGGAAAAGUGCAAGGGGAAAGAUGGGAAGCUCAACAAGCCCAUCUGCAUCGCCUGGAGCAGCUCUGGACGUAACCACUAUAUCCCACUGGUGGGAGUCAAGAACACACUGCUCCCCAAGCUGCCGGCCAGGCUCCUCCCCAAGGCCUGGGGAGUGCCCCAGGAGCUGAUCAGGAAGUAUAUCAAGCUUGAGCCAGACGGGAGCUGUGUGAUUGGGGGUGACCGUAGCCUGCAGGACAAAUACGUCAUGAGGCUGGUCAACGCUAUGGAGGAGGUCUUCAUGGAGAAACAUGGCAUCCACCCCUCCCUGGUGGCCGAUGUGCACCAGUAUGUCUACAGACGGACCGGGGUCAUUGGGGUUCAGCCUGAGGAGGUGACCGAGGCGGCCAAAAAGUCUGUCAUGGAGAACCGGCUGCACCGCUGUUUGAUCUGUGGUGCGCUCUCUGAGCUCCAUGUGCCAAGUGAAUGGCUGGCACCGGGCGGCAAGCUCUACAACUUGGCCAAGUCCACCCAUGGACAACUUCGACCUGACAAGAACUACAGCUUCCCACUCAACAAUGUGGUUUGUUCUUACGACCCUCAGAGAGAUGUCCUCAUCCCUGACUACAAACUCAGCUCCCUUAACACCUGCAACUGGUGCCAUGGGACCUCUGUCCGCCACGUUCACGGCAACGGCUCGGUGGUGUACCUGGAUGGGGACAGAACCAACACCCGCUCCCAGGGCGGGAAGUGUGGAUGUGGCUUCAAACACUUCUGGGAUGGGAAAGAGUAUGACAACCUCCCUGAGGCCUUCCCUAUCACCCUGGAGUGGGGCGGGCGUGUAGUGCGGGAAACUGUGUACUGGUUCCAGUAUGAGACUGACGUUAACUUAAACAGCAAUGUUUAUGAUGUGGCCAUGAAGCUGGUCACUAAGCACUUCCCAGGGGAGUUUGGCAGUGAGAUUCUGGUCCAGAAAGUUGUCAACACUAUUUUGCGUCACACAGCAAAGAAGAACCCAGAUGAAUACAACCCUGUGUCAGUGGAUGGAGCUCACGCCCAUAGGCUCACUGAUGCCAUGGAGAAUCAACAGGCCCUGGAGCCACAGCUGCCCACCAAGAUUAUCCUGACUGGUCAGAAAGCCAAAAGCCUUCACAAAGAGGAGCUGACCAUGAGCAGAGCUGAACGCACCCUCCAGCAGAGCAUCAGUGAGCAGGCCUUGGUUUCUCAGAAGCGAAGGACUGACAGACUGAAGCAGGAGAAGAAGGGUCAGGGUCGCCCAUCUUCCCCUGGUGGAUCUUUGGAGACAUUCUCCUCGUCUGCUCCGGCCACACCUACCAAAACUCCCGCCCCCUCGUCCAAUAAGGAGAAGAAGAUCCGUGUCACCACUAGUGAUGGUCGGCAGGCCAUGCUCAACCUGCAGGCUCACACUACCUUCUCAGAGCUCCAGAGAAGCAUCACCACACAGUUUGCCAUUCCAGCAACACAGCAGUGCAUACGCUAUGGCUUCCCCCCCAAAGAGCUCCUCCCUGCCAAGGAUGGUGAGGAGAAUGAGCCUGUGGCCCUACAGCAUGGGGACAGGAUAACUGUGGAAAUAUUGAGGGGCCCUGAAGAAAAGACCCCGGCCCCCAUCCCCCGAGCAUCCAGCUCCCAUUCAUCCCUCCACACUAUGAAGAGUGACGACGCCCUGACCUCCAGUAGGAUGAGCAACAGGGAACUCCAGGAUAGCAUUGACCUUGAGAUGUCCUCCCUCUGUCUCUUAGCAGCAUUGAUGGGUGAAGAUGUCUGGUCCUACGCAAAGAAACUGCCUCACCUGUUCCAGCAGGGCGGCGUCUUCUACAACAUUGUGAAGAAAGACAUGGGGCUGAUGGAUGGAAAGCACUGCACCCUCCCUCACCUUAUGGGGAAAACAUUUGUGUUCAACGCCGCUGAGCAGCGCCUGGAGCUGUGUGUCGACGCAGCAGGACACUUCCCAGUUGGCCCUGAUGUGGAGGAGCUGGUGAGGGAGGCGCUGAUGCAGCUGCGUGCAGAGGCGGCCAGCAGGGGGAGUCGCGAGGGGAGCCUCUCCCCUGGUGGGCUCCGGCUGGGGAGCGGGGGUGUAGUCCGGAAAAAGGAGCAGCUCCAGAGUGUAACCGCCUUCCAAGGCAAAGGUCACUCCCUUGGCAGUGCAGGAGGCUCUUCUCCUCCUGAACACCGGCCAAUCACGCGGCAGCACAGCAGUGGGGUUGACCUGAGCGCCAGCGUGUCCCUCGUUCCCCCUGACCUGUCAGAUGUCCCUGAAGAUGCAGGAAGGGAGCUGGUGCGCAUGGCGCCAGGCUUCAUCACCACCAAGGACGGGCAGCACCUAGAUCCUGGCGUGACAGAGCGUCAGAGGAGGAAGCUGCAGGAGAUGGUUUCCUCCAUCCAGGCCUCCAUGGAGCGCCACCUUAGGGAGCAGCAGGGCACAGCGGGGAGCAGGGUGUCCGGGGAGCGGACAGGCGGGGUUAAGAUGGACGGAGCCCAGUCCUCCUCUACCAUUGACCGCCAAGAGCCUUCAUCUAUGGACGAAUCCGCCCCAGGUGUGCCCCCCUUCACCGCAGGGAGCAGAGAGGAGGGCAAGAGGAGCUCUGAGGAGCCAGAGGAGAUGGAGAGUCAGGAGGCAGGGCAAAGUGGCUCCACGGAGCCCAUGGACUACUCUUGAUCCUUGCUGCAGGUUCUCUUCAAACCAUUUGGUCUUCAUGGCGUCUUUGGUGUCUUGACUGCAUGACGGGGGGGGGUAUCUCACUCUUGACUCUAUACUGAACCACUCCACUGAGGGUGAGUCUGUGUGGUAGAAGUUCUGCUCUCAGUUUGAAAGUGGAAACAGGAAGGAGGUUCCUGUACCCCCCGUAACAUUCUGCAAACCUGCUUUGACAAAGUGCACAAGCCUUGUAAUCAAAUGCUCCUUCAUCACAUGUUCUGCUUCAGCAACAUACUGGCUGAUGACUGCAGGGAGAGAGCUGCUCGGGUUGUUUGACUGCUUGACCUUUGACCUUGAAAGAAGAAAUCACCUGAUGAGUGUUACUACUCAGAGUAGUCUUCUAAUAUCCCUUACUUUGUUAUAGUUUGGUUUGAAAAAUGAGAAUAUUGACAAAAUUGCGCACGAUCUGUGUACUGCUGCUGAACACGUGUAGGCAAGGAGACGAGUGGUUUUUAUUUCUGGGAGAAGAUCCAUUAAAGCUUUGAAGUUUGAAGUGUGCUUCAUAUGUCAUGAAUAGGCUCCUAGAACAGCUAUCACGUGGCCAAAGAAGAAAUGAGUGAAAUUAUUCUAAUUACAUGUUAUUAAUAUGAUGAUAUGAAGUAAAUCUGACAGACAGGCCUCCUCUCAGAGCAGUUCCUCUUAAUGACCUCUAGUCUAACCACCUGCCAUGUCGCUCAGUCUACAGACACGUGGUCGCCACAAAAAACAUCCAGGUUUGGGUUUGUGUAAUUUUCUGGUUGUUUGGUGAAGAAAAUCUGAAUUUGACAUCCCGAAGGCCAAACCCAGUGGUGUGAAGUGCUGUGCAGUCAUGACACAUAAGCUCUCGCUGCCUGUAAAAGUAGAGUUUGAUGAGUUUAACGAAUGGAUUCAACGACUAUAGAAAAGUACGGCCCCGCCCGAGUCAGUGUACACAUCUGUAUGUUGGGGCUGUCCACGGUGGAAAGGGAGGGUGUUAAACGCCGCUGUUGUCAGUGCUCCAAACUUCAAAUUCAUUCAUCUUUAGUUACUUCCUCUAGGAGGUGUGCCUGGCUUCAGGAUGGGGUCUGGAAAAACCAGCAGUGGUUCUUUCCAGACUAGUCUCUUAAUGUGAAUCACUUUUUUUUUCUUUUAAAACUCAGUUUUGUUUCUUUGUCCAUGAAACAAAGUCUAAGACUUGGCACUUUGCGACAAGCGGACUGUUAACAGAUCAGAACCGGAUCAGCUGGCCCUUCAUCCAGUCGUCUUCGUCGUCACUUGGUCUGUCAGAGGAGAAGAAGAACAAAUUGAAAGGAGAAAUGCAACCACACAGCACUGAUCAUUGUGACUGCUCAUCUAAUGUCGUCUGUUGUAAUCCAGGUGUACAAUAAUAGUAUAUAUUGUAGGAUAUUCUGACCUUUGACCUGUACAGACGCACUCUUUGUUCAGUUCUGUCAUGUUUGUUUUGUUUGGGUUUAGUUUGCUAAUAAAACAUGAAUGAUCCCACGGCUUCAACAUUGCUGUUUGCAUGUGUGAUGAGUUUUCAGACCAACAAUAAAUCAGCUU